UGUGUGCAGUGGACUAUUACACAAGUUUUGGCGACAUUCAGACUAGCAGUAUGGAACUGACAGACACCCAGUUUUAUAUAAUAUGUGGAGCAGCAGCUAUAUUAACAGCUGUUUGUUUACUGUUACUGAUUUAUUGUUGCUGCAAAUGCUGCUGUGUUGGUGAGAAGAAAAAAAACAAAGUUACAAAGAGCAGUGGAAAAUCCCCUAAAGCAUCUAAACCUAGGGUGACCAAAUGUCCGUCAACCACCAUAGACCUUCACGGACAUUCAAGGCAGAGCGCCAUUCAAAAAACCAGAGACUUUAUCUGGUCCAGUAAACAAAACGGCACUAAAUCUGUGAAAAUCAUCACCGGACGCGGCAAGCACAGCCCUAACGGCUUUCCGGUCAUCCGGGAAACUCUGAAGAAAAUGUUCGACAGAGAGGGGAUCAAGCACACAUCAGACAACAGAGGUGGCGCUGUUGUUAUCGACCUUCAAUAACUUUCCAAGUUUCAUUUUAGAGGCUCUUCUUGUUUUGUGUUGUUUUUUUUUAAUCGGAUCAUAAUUAUAUCAAAAAAUUAAAUUAUUUUU